AUGUUUACGCUUAUUUUUUCUCUCUCUUAUUUUUCUCUUAUUUUAAUUGAAAGAAAUGUCUACGCUUAUUUUUUCUUUUCUUUACCUUUCUUUUCUCUUUUCUUUUUAUUUUCUUUUCUUUUCUUUCUUUUCUCUUCCUUUUCUUUUCUGUAUUUCCUUCAAUUUUCUUUUCCUUCAAUUUUCUUUCUUUCUUUUUCUUUCUUUUAUUUCUUUUACUUUUUUUCUUUCUUUCUUUUCUUUUGUUUUUUCUUUCUUAUUUUCUUUUCUCUUAUUUCCUUCAAUUUUCUUUCCUUUCUUUUCUUUCUUUUCUUUCUUUUUUCUUUCUUUUUUUUUUCUUUUACUUUUUCUUUAACUCUUUCUUUCUGUCUUUUUGUUUUUCUCUUAUUUUUUUCUUUCAACCCAUUUCCUUCAAUUUUUUUUCUUUCUUUCUUUUUUUUCUUUUCUUUCUUUUUUUUUCUUUUUACUUUUCUUUCUCUUUUCUUUCUUUUCUUUUUUCUCUUUUUUUUGCUCUUUCUUUCCUUCAAUUUUUUUUUCUUAUUUCUUUUUCUUUCUUUCUUUCUUUCUUUGAAUUUUCUUUCUUUCUUUUUUCUUUCUUUUUUCUUUUCUUUUACUUUUUCUUUAUUUUCUUUUCUUUCUUGUUUUUCUCUUAUUUUUCUUUCUUUUCCAACCCCAUUUCUUUCUUUUGUUUUUUCUUUUACUUUUCUUGCCUGCUGCUACUCUGUCUUUUUAUUUUUCUCUUUCUCUGUCUUUUGUUUUCUCUUAUUUUUCCUUCUCCAACCUUUCUUUCUUUUUUCUUUCUUUUCUUUCUUUCUUUCUUUUUUUUUCUUUUUUCUUUUCUUUUUCUUUCUUUUCUGUCUUUUGUUUUUUUUCUUUCUUUGCUAUAACCAUUCCAUUUUCAGUUUUCUUUCUUUUCUUUUCUUUUCUUUUUCUUUUUACUUUUUCUUUUCUUUCUUUCUUUUCUUUUUCUCUUUUUUUUUUCUUCUUUUCUUUUCCUUUAAUUUUCCUUGUUUUCUUUUUUUUCUUUUAUUUUCUUUCUUUUUCUUUCUUUUCUUUUUCUUUCUUUCUUUUCUUUUCCUUCUUUUCUUUUCUUUAACUUUCUUUCUUUCUGUCUUUUGUUUUUUUUCUCUUAUUUUCUUUUCUUUCAACCAUUCCUUCAGUUUUUCUUUCUUUUCUUUCUUUUCUUUUCUGUUUUCUUUUUUUCUUCUUUCUUUCUUUCUCUUUCUUUCCUUUUGUUUUUUUUUCUUUUCUUUCUUCAUUUUCUUUUUCUUUCUUUUUUCUUUCUUUCUUUUCUUUUAUUUUCUUUUCUUUCUUUUUCUUUUCUUUUUCUUUUUCUUUUAUAUUUUUCUUUCCAACCAUUCCUUUUUUCUUUUCUUUCUUUUUGUUUUUUCUUUUCUUUUCUUUUCUUUUUACUUUUCUUUAAGUUUUCUUUCUUUCUUUUUGUUUUUCUCUUAUUUUCUUUUCUUUGCUCCUUUCUUUUCUUUCUUUUUUCUUUCUUUUUUUUUUCUUUUCUUUCUUUUACUUUUACUUUCUUUCUUUCUUUCUGUCUUUUAUUUUUUUCUCUUAUUUUCUUUUCUUUCAACCAUUCCUUCAGUUUUUCUUUCUUUCUUUCUUUUCUUUCUUUUGUUUUCUUUUACUUUCUUUUUCUUUUCUUUUUCUUUCUUUGUUUUUUCUCUUAUUUUUUCUGUCUUUUUUCUCUUUUUUCUCUUUUCUUUCUUUAUUUUUUUUCAAUUUUCUUUUCUUUUCUUUUCUUUCUUUUUCUUUCUUUUCUUUUCUUUUUCUUUUCUUUUUCUUUUUCUUUUCUUUCUUUUGUUUUUUCUCUUAUUUUUUCUGUCUUUAUUUUUUCUCUUAUUUCUUUUCUGCUUUUCUUUCCUUUAUUUUCUUUUUACUUUUUCUUUCUUUUUUUCUUUCUUUUCUUUUGUUUUUUUUCUCUUUGUUUUUUCUCUUAUUUUCUUUUCUUUCAACCAUUUUUUCUUUUUUUUUCUUUCUUUCUUUCUUUCUUUCUUUUCUUUUCUUUUCUUUUCUUUUACUUUUUCUUUAACUCUUUCUUUCUGUCUUUUGUUUUUUUCUCUUAUUUUCUUUUCUUUCAACCAUUCCUUCAGUUUUUCUUUCUUUCUUUCUUUCUUUCUUUUGUUUUUCUUUUACUUUUUCUUUAACUCUUUCUUUCUGUCUUUUGUUUUUUUCUCUUAUUUUCUUUUCUUUCAACCCAUUCCUUUGAUUUUCUUUUCUUUUUUCUUCUUUUCUUUCUUUCUUUCUUUUCUUUUCUUUUCUUUUCUUUUUCUUCUUUCUUUCUUUUCUUUUUUCUUUUCUUUUUUUUUUUUCUUUACUCUUUCUUUUCAUCUUUAUUUUUUCUUAUUUUCUUUUCUUUCAACCAUUCCUUCAGUUUUUCUUUCUCUCUUUUCUUUCUUUUGUUUUCUUUUACUUUCUUUUUCUUUCUUUCUUUCUUAUUUUUCUCUUUUUUGCUUUUCUCAACCAUUCCUUGGUUUUCUUUCUUUUCUUUCUUUUCUUUCUUUAUUUUUUUUUACUUUUCUUUUUUCUCUUUCUUGUCUUUUGUUUUUUUUCUCUUUUUUCUUUUUCUUUCCUUCUUUUUUUUCUGUCUUUUGUUUUUUCUCUUAUUUUCUUUUCUCAACCCAUUCCCUUGAUUUUCUUUUCUUUCUUUCUUUUCUUUUCUUUUAUUUUACUUUUCUUUGCUCUUUCUUUCUGUCUUUUUUUUCUCUUAUUUUAAUUGAAAAGAAAUGUCUACGCUUAUUUUUCUCUUUUCUUUCUUUUCUUUCUUUUCUUUCUUUCUUUUCUUUUCUCUUUUACUUUUCCUUGCUCUUUCUUUCCUGCCUUUUAUUUUUUCUCUUAUUUCUAAUUGAAGAAAUGUCUACGCUUUUUUUCUUUCUUUCUUUCUUUUCUUUCUUUUUACAAUUGAAAGAAAUCUCUUUUUCAAAGAAAUGUUUGCAACUUCUUUUUCUCUCUCAUAUUCUUUUCUUUUUCUUCUGCUUUUUCUUUUCUCUCAAUUAA